AUGGCAGAGGCUGGAGUCGCUGACCAGCUGCUGGCAAGCCACAGGCGCUCCGUGCACUCGCCUUCCUCGUGGACCCGGGAGCCAAUGCUGAGCUGCCUCUGGCAAAGUCUCCGCUGGAAAACCCUAAAGGUGAGACGGCCCGCCGCGGCCGGGCAUGGACACCGCACCGUGCUCACCGAGUUCCUCCUCAUGGACGUCUCCAGCUCGCGGGAGCUCCAGGUCCUGCAGGGCCUGCUCUUCCUCCUCCUGUACCUGGGUGCCCUGGCCGGGAACCUGCUGACCGUGGCGGCCAUCGUGGCCGACCCGCGCCUGCACGCGCCCAUGUACUUCUUCAUCGGGAACCUGUCGGUCAUCGACCUGUGCUGCAUCUCGGUCAGCGUGCCCAAGCUGAUCGCCAACUCCCUGGCCGGCUCGCGGGCCAUCUCGCUGGGGGAGUGCGCCGCCCAGAUCUUCUUCCACCUGUUCUUCGCCUCCAUGGAGCUGGCCUUCCUGGUGGUCAUGUCCUACGACCGCUACGUGGCCAUCUGCGCACCCCUGCACUACGGGCUGACCCUCACGCCGCGCAUGUCCAGCGCCAUCAACCAGUACUUCUGCGACGUCCCCCAGGUGGUGAGGAUCGCGGCCCCCGCCGUCCAGCUCUCCGAGUCUGUGAUCCUGGCGGUCAGCGCCGGCCUGGUCAUGGCCUGCUUCGCCUUUCUGGUCCUGUCCUACGUUAGCAUUUUCUCCACUGUGCUGAGGAUCCGGUCCCCUGAGGCACGCAACAAAGCGCUGUCCACCUGCACCCCCCAGCUGGCCAUCCUGCUCCUGUUCGUGGUCUCCGGGCUGGUGGCCGUGCUGGGCCCCAUCGCAAACGAGGCCUCGCUCAAGACCCUGCUGACCGCCGUGUUCUACAUCAUGGUGCCGCCGCUCGCCAACCCGCUCAUCUACAGCCUGCGCAACCGGGAGAUCGGCCGCAUCACAAAAGAGGAGCGAAGUGGGCAGCCUCGGCCCCUCAAGCGGGCGGCACGUCUGCGACUCGAGGCCCGGUGA